CACUAAAAGGUCGCGUAUUUCUUGGAAAACAUCAUACCCGAGUACAACUCAUUUUGAUUCAAGUUUGUUUUCGAAUUACCCUCGUUCAGGACUAAACCAAGAUGAAGCUCCUCAUUGUAACACUUUGCGUUCUUGCUUAUCUUAUCCCUUCUGCUUUAUCCAUUGACUGUUAUGUCUGUCGAAACAGCAAUGGGAACUGCAUGAGUGGAAAGACUAGCUGCUCAGGCAUCGCUUGCUUGAAGGCAAAAGGUGGCGAUGCAGUUGCAAAGACAUGCACAAACAGCUUAGGGUGCAAUGUUGCCAAGUCAAUUUGCAAGAACUCAGGAGAUUGUGAAGCCUAUUGCUGUGACAGUGACCUGUGUAACGGAGGUGUACCCUUGAAGCCUGUGAAGGUCGUGACUCUCCUUGCCAUGGCUCUUGCCGUUGCUAAGUACCUGAUGUAACCAUGACAACGGGAGAUGACAAAAAGGCAGAUAUAAUCCUGGCCUUAGAGCACCUUGUUUUUAUUAAUUAAUCAUUUCAAAAGUAAUUAUAGCAUUAAUAGUUUCACUGUUUUGAAGAUAUUGUCUGACAUUUUUGAAAUUACCUUGUUGUCAUAUGCUAAAACAGUUAUUCUUAACAAUAUAGGGGAAUUUAGUUUAGAAUCGAAAUAAAAAUCAUUUACCAUUUAUUCCUUUUUUUUUAUAUAUAUUUAUUUUGAUGACGUUCUUAAACCUCCUUAACGUGCGCGUAAUGUUUUCCCAUUUCAGUCCACGUGUCAUUCCCUUGAGAAUAAAAUUAUUUGUUUGAGUUGAA